GAAUUUUGUUCUCACGCUGACUGAAUCACCAAAAAGGCAUGCGGAACCUAUCUGUGAUUUACCUCGGAGUACUAUUUCUGCAUGUUACAUUUCAGUACGGCGGAAGUGAUGGAUUUUUAAUGUGUUCUCUGACGUCAUAUAUGCCAAUGUUUUGUUCACUACAAUGUCCCAAUGGGUAUGCCAAAGAUAGUUCUGGGUGCACUACAUGUAAAUGCGCAACGCCCAACCAAGAUUCUGCCGCAAUGACCCAAUCCCAGAGUUCCCAAGCAAAUUCCCAAAGUAUUUCCGGUUCUCAUGCAAAUCCUCAAAGUAUUUCCGGCUACGCACAUCCGUGUUUACCUCAUCAACAGUUCUGUCCCCUGAAUUGCCCAGAAGGAUUCGUGACCGGAAAUGGAGGCUGCCAAUUCUGUAUAUGUUAUCAAAGCAACAUAACUGAUUCAGUGACAACACAACCACCCGUAACUACCACCCUCAGCCACAUUAAAGUCCACAUGAGUAACCCCUGUAUCCGAAAUCAGACUAUUUGUGACAAGUACUGCGCGGAAGGAUAUCUGCUAGGACCGGAUGACUGCCAAUACUGUCUGUGUAGGAAUCUCAUCCCCGGAAUCGUAUACACUAAAGCGCCAACUACAACACCGUCCUCAGAAACGACAACUCUGGCAUACUACCUACCUAAUCCUUGUCAGUCAGGGCAACAUGUGUGUACAGCCCACUGUGAGUACGGAUACAUCCUAGGCCCGGGGAAUUGUCAGUACUGCAUGUGUGGCGCCAAAACCACUCCCGUCACAAAAGCCAUACCAGGUGUAAACCCAGCAGGAAGUGAUAUAGCGCCAGCUACAACCCCAUUUCCUUCCGGUCACAUGGAUAACGAAUGCGCCAUUGCGUUUACAAUUUGUCAAAUAAAAUGUAAACACGGAUUUCUGGCCGAUACCGUGGACUGCAGACGCUGUGUGUGCAAGGAUGCCAUAUACAAAGCCGGUUAGUCGGGAAUUAACGAGGCGGACGAACCCGAUAUUAAGCUUCUGAACCCAUGUGUUCAAGGACUGGACGUCUGUAACGUCUUCUGUUACCAUGGCUACCUACGUGGACCACGUGAUUGUCAGUACUGCGCGUGUCAGUUUGUAAAAAACGUAUAAUAAACUUAGGAUAAAGUUUG